UGAUCCUAGGAAAACCUGAACAGGUAGCAACCCUAACCAGAACACAGUGAAGAGAUGUGUCACUGCAGAGCAAUGAGGUGCCGUGGUCUCAUGCGAGGCCACAGUGACAUGGCACAGCAUUGAGAGAUGUCACUGACUUCAGAUAUCAUUGUCUCUUAGACAUAUCCAUCACUGUGAUGUUGAUUAUUUAUAAUUAUUACAUUGAUUAUUGAGCAUCAAUAUUAUGUUCAUCGUUGCAUCAACACAUCUGUCCUGAUCAAUGGUUAAAAUAGAUCAAAUCAGGAAGAGGUUCUUUCAUCAAGGAGGAAGGGGGAGAUACGGAGGGAGUGCUGUGUACAAAAAUCAGGGGGAGGAAGAGAUUCUCCUCUCUAGUUUUAGGAAAGGAGGGGGAGUUGUGCUGUCCUCCACUACUUCUUUCUUUAAACCCUAGUCCUGACCUUGCCCUCAGAGCCACAUUAAUGCUGCCUUGUCCCAUAGGAGAACUGGACAAGAACUGUCUCAUUGAUUACAGAGGCCUGGCAUAACUCUACAACUGUUGGACUGUGUCAGUUGGCAGCUGCUUAACAAUAAAGUGACCUUAGAGAGAUGACAACUUUUAUAGAGGAGAAAGAACUCCAGGAGAGACUGAGAGAAGCAGCUGCUUUGGGAGACAUUGGGGAGGUCCAAAGACUGGUGGAAUUCGGAGUGAAUGUCAACUCUCAAAAUGAAAUCAACGGCUGUUCAACGUGUUGCCACCUUCUAUUACGUAUAUUGAUGGAAUUAGGAAAGCUGGCUGAACAAACACAGCACAGUAAAAUAACAUUCAGAAGGACUUGUUUGCACUGGGCAUGCAAACGGAACCAUGCUCAAGUGGUGUCUUAUCUGAUAGAGUCUGGUGCUGAUAAGGAGAUUCUCACAAGUAAAGGAGAAAUGCCAGCCCAGUUAACCUCAAAGAGAGAGAUUAGGAAAACAUUGGGAGUGGAAGACGAACUUGCAGAUUUGAAGCAAGACUCAGACUUGCCAAUUGUCCCGAAUUAUUUGGCUAAUCCACCUUUCCCUUAUGUUUAUAACACAAUGAGUAACAGCAUUCCAGACCCUUCCACUGGCUCGCUGAAUGGAAACUUCCCCAUAUCCUUAGAAUUGCAAGCUGUAGAUUAUCCCACUUCAUUACCUCGAGUCAAAGCAUGCACUUCUGCAACAUCACAACAUGCAAAUGCUGCUUCUGCAGUGGCUGAUAAUGAAGAUAUGUCGACAUCCCCUGGAGCCUGUACCAUGCCAGAAUGCCCAAAGCCUGUAGUCCAGAAUGGUCCCUUUCACCAGGCAUCUGUGCCUGAGAGCAGAAGUUUCCCUUCUCCAGCUGCAUCUAAACAGCCUGUAUCUCAGCAACAGAAUGGCUCAUGUAUGGGGCCUAUGCCAACAUUUCAGCCAUUUUUCUUCCCUGGAGCUUUCCCAUUUAAUAUGCAAGAACUGGUGCUUAAGGUGAGAAUUCAGAACCUUACUCUUAGAGAGAAUGACUUCAUUGAAAUUGAACUGGACAGACAAGAACUAACAUAUAAGGAACUGCUCAGAGUGAGUUGCAGUGAACUGGGUAUUAAUCCAGAACAUGUAGAGAAGAUUCGAAAAUUACCAAAUACAGUAUUAAGAAAGGACAAAGAUGUUGCAAGACUUCAGGAUUUCCAAGAACUGGAGCUGGUCCUAAUAAUCAACGACAAUAACUUUCUGUUUAGAAAUGCUGCAUCUACAUUGACUGAAAGGCCUUGUUACAACAAGAAAGCAUCAAAGCUGACUUAUUAACUAUUUAAAGCAGCAUCAAACAAAAUAUUUGUAUCUUGUGCUUUAAGCAAUGGAUUCAAUGUUCAAGCAUUGAACUUAUAAGGGCUAAUAUCCUGAAAAAAUCUAUUUUAUUACUUUUGAGAUAAAGUAAUUGACAUGUUCUGCACAGUUACAGCCUACAGCUCAUGUCAGACUAACUUGCUCUGAUAUGAAACUGUGCUUACGAAAAGAAAGCAAUGGUAGAAUUCUCAGUCUAUUCAUGUAGCUAGCAUUCUGUUCCUUACCCAAAAUAAUCCCUGACUUCAAUCACUGUAGAGUUAGAAGCUCUCAAGGAAAGGCUUAAAUUGUUCUAAUAAUUGUUAGCUAUGAAAUAGCAGAAGCACUUAUGCUAAAGGACAGAACAUGAAUCCCAUUUAGUGUUUGUACCAAAUUACUUAAUGUGCACAGACAUCCCACUGUCAUUAAUAGGAGAUACAUGCGUGACGUGACAAGCAAACACACCCCUUGUUUAGGAGGAAAAUGGAAGGAUUUAAGUCUGUGGAAGAAGCACAAAACUCCAUUUGUCUCAUUUCAGUAUUAAAAAGUUACUAAUUAGAUGUGGUUUCUUAAACUGCAUUUAUAAAUAUUUCUCAGGUUGAAGAUAAAAUAUUACAGUUGUUACCCAAAUUGUAAAUAUACCAUUGACCAAAAUAGCUAGGGUUUUUUAAAUCUCAUGGUUGCUUGUCAACAUACGGUAUUGAAAUGUUUGAUAACAAAAGGUCCACUCCCUCUCUCUUUUGUUGCUUUAUGAUCAAGAAGUUUCUCUAAUGCUUCUUUAAAAUGGCAGUUAUUUUUCACUCCAUAGACAAGUCAAUGUCAUUUCCAUAUGAGAAAGGAGCACAAAUAUUGCAGUUCCAUUUUCCUCCAACUCAUCCUUUCAUGAACAAGAUCAAUCCUUGAAACCGUAAAUUUAUUAUGUAAAAAGGAAACUAAUCAAAUGCUUAGCAUUUUAAAAACUGGGAUGACAUUUGAAUCUUGGGCUUUCUAGGCAUUUUUUUUCCUUUUUCAAAGACAACUAUUUAUGUUUCUGAUUGCAUGGUCACCUUUUCACAUUCCUGCUAACUUAAAUUCAGUAUUAUGCUCCUCUGAAAUCCUGGAAUAAAUACAUUGGAAAACAUUAAAGUUGAGUAAUCUGUUAAGGAUUUUUUUAUCCAGUUUAUUCACUCUUUUUUUAAUUUACAAAACCAUCCUCUUUAGAAGAAAGGAUCUAAUCUGUUUACCUAGCUAUAGAAGUAUGUACUGUACUGAGAAUUAGAUGGAUUAAAGCUCUAGAUAACAGGGAGAACAUAGUUGAUUGCUGAUUUGAACUCCCCACUAUUAAGAUUUUUUCUUAGUGCCUUUCUUUUCCAAAGAACCUAACUUCCUAACUCUUAGUUAAUUGGAUUUAAGCAGUACACAUUAGCUUAGGGUUUAUAAAAUGGAUAAUAUCAGUAGAACAGACUGUAACAAGAUAAGUCUCUUCUCAUGGCAUAAAUGUUAAAGUAGAGAUGCAAUGCAGCCUGAUCCAGUGACAAUCUAUUUCUUUUAUACCAGCUUACUGAUGUUGAUCUAACCACUGUGAUGGAAGUUUAUAUAGUAGAACAAUUGCUCACCAUACAAUUACUGACCUGCAUUCUUACUCACUGACAGAAGAGACUAUUUUAGGCUUUUGCCAUUCAGAAGCCAUUUUUUCUGUAAAAGUACUGUAGUUUUUAUGAAUAAACUGGUAUGCUGUACCAGUGAAAAGAUCAGCCAUUGGAUUGACUGAAUUCAUUUGCUAUACUGAUGAUUAUAUUACGCAGUUGCUGGUAGCUAUCUAUGCAUUCAAAGGAAUAUUUUUAUACUUUAUAUCUUAUGCAGUUUAUAACUGAGCAUAUUAGCUUUGCUAACUGAAUUAAUUGGAUAACUGUAUCAUGUGAACAUUUUUGUGUAUGACCAUCAAGGAUUCAUUACCUUUGUGCAUUGCUACAUGAAAACGUUUAAGUAUUAUUUAAGUAUUAAAUGAAUUGCUUGGCUCUAGAUUCUUGUUUCUAUUUAAGUUGUAUUCUUUUUAUAAUUAAUAAAUUAUUAUUUUUAUGUUCUCAAA